AUGGGUCAGGGCUUUUCUCUCGCAACCCCUCGAGCGGGGGGUGCCGGCAUCGACGUACCGGAACUCGCCGACUUGGUCUACGAGCGGUCUGUCGGCACCGGCGUAUUUAUGAAGAGUGUCCGGGCAAGGCACCACGAGGGUGUCAUGUUGGCCAAGGUGUUCGUCAAGCCAUACCUCAUGUCCUUAGACGAAUACAAGCAAGCCAUCAUCCGCGAGCGACGGGUUUUGAACGACGUGCCGAAUGCGCUCCCCUACCAACGCGCCAUCGAAACCGAGACGAACGGGUACCUCGUUCGACAGUUCCUCUACAACUCGCUCUAUGACCGCCUCAGCACUAGGCCGUUCCUCGAGGACAUUGAAAAGAAGUGGCUGGCAUUCCAGCUUUUGUGCGCCCUCCGUGACUGCCACAGCAAGGGUGUCUACCACGGCGAUAUCAAAACUGAGAACAUUCUGGUGACCUCGUGGAACUGGCUUUACCUCGCCGAUUUUGCCUCGUCUUUCAAGCGCGUCAUGCUUCCCGAGGACAACCCGGGGGACUUUUCUGUCUUUUUCGACACAUCCGGCAGGAGAACAUGCUAUCUCGCACCCGAGCGCUUCUUGCCGCCCGGUGAAGAAGCCGACCCGAAUGCGAAGGUGACCUGGGCCAUGGACGUAUUCAGCGUCGGUUGUGUCAUUGCUGAGCUCUUCCUCGAGACACCAAUCUUCAGCUUGAGCCAGCUCUAUUCAUAUCGGAAGGGCGAAUACGACCCCGUAAUAACCCAUCUCAGCAAGAUUCCUGACAAGGACUUGCGAGAAAUGAUCACACAGAUGAUCCAGUUGGACCCGCAGAAGCGAUACUCGGCCGAGCAGUACCUGGACUUUUGGAAAGGCAAGGUGUUUCCGGAGUACUUUUACAGCUUCCUGCACCAGUACAUGGAGCUGAUCACCGACCUUUCGUCCGCCCAAUAUUCUGCCGGGGGCACUGGGAGGAAUAUCGGCGAAGCAGACCAGCGGAUCGAGCGGGUGUGGCUAGACUUCGACAAGAUAUCUUAUUUUCUCGGCUACCAUGACGAUGAGAACCGUGCCGAGGAGCGCCAGCUCUCCCCAAGGCUUGGCCUGAGGAAUUUCCCCUCGCGCUGCUCAGGACAGAUUGAUGUGGUGGUAGUUUCCGCUGUGCGGGCUAUCACGCAACUUCUCGACCUCGUCAAAGUCAUCACUCCCGUGAACUCCCAGAUUUUCCUUGACUACGUCAUGCCUCGCAUGGAGCCAUUGUUAUUGGACACACAGAGGGCGUUUUGUCCUCUUGUCAGGGCAACGUACGCUUCUUGCCUUGGAAGGCUGGCCAUUUCUGCGGAUCGGUUCCUCGCCAUGGCCGCGGCUCUGCGGGCGGACGGAACCGCGACCCUCGCGGACCCCGAAGUUGAGCCUGGAAACGAGGCGGAGACGCCAUUCGCCGGGCUGUUUGACAACGCCCGCCGGGAACUAGUUGAGGUGUUCGAGGCUCAUACCAAGACGCUGAUUGAGGACUCAGACCCCUUCGUUCGACGAGCGUUUCUCACCUCGGUGCCCGAUCUAUGCAUCUUUUUUGGCGCUCUCCAGGCUAACGACAUCGUUCUCACACAUCUAAAUACUUACCUAAAUGACCGGGACUGGAUGCUCAAGUGCGCCUUUUUCGAUACCAUCGUUGGCAUCUCGGCGUUCCUAGGGAGCAAUAAUCUAGAAAAGUUCAUGCUACCUCUCAUGAUCCAGGCUAUCACCGAUCCAGAGGAACAUGUGGUUCAGGGGGCGCUCCAUUCACUAGCAGAACUGGCAAAUAUCGGUCUCCUAACCAAGCACACUUAUCUCGAGCUGGUGGGUAUGAUUGGUCAGUUUACAAUGCACCCCAACCUUUGGAUUCGUGAGUCGGCUGUCGAGUUUGUUUCGGCUGGCACGCGUUUCUUGAGUCCGGCCUAUCUCAGGGUCCAGGUGCUUCCACAGCUGGUGCCCUAUCUCAAGCCACACAGGCUGCCAGCCUUCUCCGAGCUCGACCUGCUCGAGGCACUUCAGAAGCCGCUGUCGCGGUCGGUAUUUGACCAAGCCCUGCUGUGGGCAUCAAAGGCGGACAGGGGCGAUUUCUGGAAGCCUUUUAGGAAACUUCGAGAUGCCGUCUCAAAGCCCGUCUCGUCCAGGGCAGAUUCAAACUCCAAGUUGUUGACCAAGACGACGCGCAACGAGGAGGACGAGCAGUGGCUGAACAAGUUGCGAAAUCUUGGGCUUGCCCUCGAGGACGAGCCCAAACUGCUCGCCCUGAGAGAAUUUAUUUGGCGAUUAAGCCAGAUUAAGGCCAGGGACUCGGCCGCGCAAGACACAGGGGCUACGACGGCGCUCAACAAUAUCAUUCCGACUCGUGACCUGGGCAUCAUGCCCCAAACUGUGAUAUUUGUCGAAGAAUCAGCUGCCCAGCCCGUGGUCGCUCCGGAGCCAGACCCAAAUGCGCCACGAACCAUCAAAGAUGCUCUUCUCGACGCAUCCAUGUCGAUCGACGACCCUGUGGGCAAGAAGCGACGAGCGGCCUUGAAUAACCACCGGACCCGCCUCGGGAGCCGGGAUAAUCUAUCGCCCAUGUCUGCAGAUAGUAGAAGGCCGCUAGAUGAUGAUUCGGCUGCCUCUUCGGCUCUCGGAGGGGAAGCUGCGAGGGCCACAUCCAGGCGGAUAUCCCAUACUCCAGGCAACGCGCCUAUGCUGUCGCCUGUGGAUGACGAUGUAUCGAUCCAGGAUGCUCCGUAUGCAAUGAGGAGGGGCUUGCGGCACCAAUCGAGCGCCAUGAACCUCAUGAAUAGAAGGGAUAGUGGCAAGUCCGGGCCAGAAACUGGCACCACUGAGACAAACGCCUUUGGCGAAGUAGAAGGACCAUUUAGGCAGGCUCCCGUGCGCAAGUCCUCGGAGCCCGAUACAGACUCGGCCUUGGUCUACGCGAAAACACGGCUACGCGCCAACCACACAUACAUUGGCAAUGAUCCUAACAUUCUCAAGAUGCUUGACGAGAUGUAUGUCGAUAAUUACCCGCACGAUAUUUACGACUACGGGCCCUUGGUGACGCCCAUCAGCCGACUAAAGUCUAGCAAAUCGACGGGAUCCCAACCGGCAAGGGAAGAUGCCUGGAAACCAGCCGGCAAACUCGUGGCGACGUUCUCGGAACACGUUGGGGCGAUCAACCGAAUCGUCGUCUCCCCAGACCACCAGUUCUUCCUUACGGGAGGUGACGAUGGGUGCAUCAAGGUCUGGGACACUGCCCGGCUCGAGCGCAACAUUACACACCGGUCGAGGCUCACACACAAACACGCUCCGGGCGCCAGAGUGCUCGCACUCUGUUUCAUUGAGAACACGCACAGCUUCGUCAGCUGCGCAAGCGACGGCAGCGUCCACGUGGUCAAAGUCGACACCAUCCUCACCGGCGCCAGCUUCCGCUACCCGCGUCUCCGCCUGCUGCGCGAGUACCAGCUCGUCGAGGGCGAAUUGGCCGUGUGGUGCGAGCACUUCAAACAGGACGGCAACUCGGUCCUGCUCUUGGCGACGACCAAGUCGGUGGUCCGCGGCAUCGACCUGCGCACCAUGACGCUCCUCUACAAGCUCGAGAACCCGGUCCACCACGGCACCCCAACCUGCUUCUGCGUCGACCGUCGCCGCAACUGGCUCUGCCUCGGCACCUCGCACGGCGUGCUCGACUUAUGGGACCUCCGCUUCAAAAUGCGCCUCAAGGGCUGGGGCGUGCCCGGCAAGGGCUCCAUCUACCGCCUGUCCAUCCACCCCACCAAGGGCCGCGGCAAAUGGGUCUGCGUCGCCGGCGGCACGGGCCAGGGCGAGGUCACGGUCUGGGACCUCGAGCGCACGCUGUGCCGCGAGAUCUACCGCGUCGGCGGCAACAAGGAAGGGCCCAAGGGCUACGAGGCCUGGGAGGUGGACGAGGACCGACCCGAGGGCAUGCUGGGCCGGUUCGCGACGGACCUGGAGCCGGCGGCCACGGGAAACGCCGACCGCGGCGUGCGCGCCAUGGCCGUCGGCACCGGCGCUGUCGAGGAGGGCAAAGAGGUGCGCCACGCCUUCAUCGUCACGGCGGGGGCCGACAAGAAGCUCCGCUUCUGGGACCUGCUGCGCGUCGAGAACAGCGUGGUCUUCAGCGGCCUGCGCCCGGACGAGGGCAAGCCGACUUUUACGGCCAGCCAUCCUACCCCGUCCAUGACGCUGAAUACGGAACGCUGGCCGCGGCUGGUGGGUGGGCCCGUCUCGGGGUCUGGUUCUGCCGCUGUGCCUGGUGGCGCCCCUGGGCGGAGCAGCCGCAGGCAGCGCGCGCCUAAGUCGACGGUCAUGUCGCUGGAGGAACAGGAGUUGCUGAGGAGUCACCUGGAUGCGGUGGUCGAUGUGGCAGUGUUGGAGUCGCCUUAUGUGAUGACGGUUUCGGUGGAUCGGAGUGGGGUUGUGUUUGUGUUUCAGUGA